UAUGAAUAAUUAUAAGGUACUAUGGGCGUGUUCUUUUGGGGGAUUUCACCGAAUUUUCAAUACCAAUCUACGUUGAAGAACUUUCAAUGUUCUUGCUAAAUUUGAAAUCGAUAUAUUAAUUUUUGCAGACAGAAGAAUGCCUACCGUGUAAAUACAAAAAGACUCAAUAUUUGACAAUGAUCAAAAAUAUAUAUAUAUAUUAGAUGUCUAUCAAGCUUUUUCGUGCAUAUUACUGACAGGCACAGUUUUAACAAAAGAAAUUUCAAUAUUCUAUAAUAUGCAGGAAGUGUACCCGAUUUUUUCCAUUUUUGUGCAAAUAUUAUAGAACUGUUACGGUUUAACUUAAUGUAGUUCUUAAGUAACUUAAGUAAAAGGUAUAAAUUAAUUUCUUCCUUUUGAAACAGAAGUGUUAUCAAACGGACGCAAGGACAUGCUUUAAUUCACUCAAAUUCGCCUGAGUGGCCAAGUAUUCAAGCGUCUCGACUAUCAACUCAAUGGUCGUGGGUUCAAAUCUCAAGUGCGGUAGUGCUUUUAAUAAAAAAAAAAAAAAAAAAGCUAAAAGCCUUAGAUGCUAGUGCUUUAAGAUUUCAGUUUUAGAAUUUAUUCUCUGGCAAAAUGUAUACGGAUAAUAAUAAUCCACUUAAAAUUUGAUGUUGAUGAAGAAUAUAUAUAAUUUAAGGCCUCUAUGGGGUGUUGCAAACGUUUUGAAAAAAAUUUACUCCUAUCCUUCGAUAGUAAAUAUAAAAACAGCUGUUCUUGUUAAAACAUCAUUUUCCUGUUUUUUUUUAUAAAUGGAAGUUUUGACGAUAGACAAAAAGUUACAGGGGCUUCAGCUAAUAGCUCAAGAGAAAUUACAAACUAUUAUCUGUUCCAUACCUGGGAGGAAGGAUUUAAUAUUAGAACCUUCUUUAAUCAAGCCCUUGGAACACAUAUGUGCGGCUUCAUGGCUAAAGCUCAAAGGUAUACAGCGCAUUUUCAAAUUGGAUGCCACACAUGCCAUUUCCCGUUCAGCACCUGAUCAGGUCCAAUUAUAUAUGUUGCGGAGUGAUGCAAGCACAUUUCAACGUGUAAUGGCUCAAAUUAAGGUAGCUUAUGAAGCUCAAUUACCUACGUGGCCGGAGGACUCAACAUUUAAAUACUUUCACAUGAUUUGCGUGCCAGCAUGCUUUGCCUACUUUCACUACAUGCUAGAGCAGGAAGGUCUUUAUGGGAUUGUUGGUCUUCAUCGCUUUAGUUGGGAUUUUAUUUAUUUAGAUAAAGGUGUAUUAAGCCUGGAAAUUCCAAAUGUAUUCGCUACGACCUACGUAAAUUUGGAUAAUUCAUUAUUGACUGCCGUUUCCCAAUCUUUGAGAAUAUUACAAGCGGUUUGUGGCAAGCCAGAUUUUGUGUUAACUUAUGGGGAACGAUCCGACAACAUACUAAAAAUGUUACAGAUAUUGGGUCCGCUGCCUAGAAAAUCAGAAGAUAGUGACGAACGUUUCACCGCGAUAUUAAUGAUAGACCGUGAUAAAGAUUAUGCUGCUCCGUUGCUAACACCGUCUAUUUAUGCAGGUCUACUUAUGGAAGUGUUUACUUACAAUGCUGGUGUGCUAGAAUUUGAAAUCAAUACCAAUAAAAUUGUUGAACAGAAAUUACCGAUAUUUGCAAUUCCAACAGAAAAUCAAAAAAAACCAAAGGCCAAUAGUUCUGCAUCACACAAACCUUCUAUAAUACGAUUAAAUAGUCAACAAGAUGAAAUUUAUGCUGAGAAUCGUUAUAAACAUUUUAUUGAUGCGAGUAGUCAAAUACGUUCACAAGCAAAAUUGAUUAGCCUGGAAUUGCAAAAGUUAGGUAAUAUGAAACUGGAUGAAAUGCAAGACUACGUGAACAGAAAAUUACCUAAAAUAACAGAACUUAAGAAUAAGUUGCUGUGUCAUUUAAAUGCCAGCGAAAAGUUGAUUGAAAUGUUGGGUACAAAUUAUCGUCGUACUCAGGCGCUCGAAGAGGACAUUCUAAAUAACGGUUCACGCAAGCGUGUAUUCAAUGAUAUUGACGAAUUGCUAACCACUGAUCCUCAGCGUUAUAAUAGUUUAAGACUUUUAUGUUUGUUGCAUAUAUGGUCGGGAGUAACCACGGACGAAUUGAUACGAUUCAUAAGGAAUUAUUGUAAUUAUUUUGGCCAUAAAUAUGCGGGCAUAUUUGAUCACUUAGCUCAAGCGGGCUUGCUACCGCAACUAGUUGAAGAUGCCAGUGCGUUAAAUAGAACCGCUUCGAAAUUAUUAUCCAACAUAUCGUUAAAUAUACCGAAAUUUCAACAAACUGCAUUUCAAGCUAAUGCUUAUCGGUUAAAACUUAUGACUUCUUCAACUGAUAACGAUGGAGACAAUGGUAACGAAACCGUUUCAGCGACGCCAUCAACUUCGUCAGCUUCUCCUAGUUAUGUUUUUAAUCGCAUUUAUAUACCGCUAAUAGCUCAAUUAUGUACGUACCUUCUGAAAGCUAACAAUACCGAGGAUUUCGCAUCAAAGGUGGCUACAAUUGAACAUAUUAAAAUGAAUGGUUGCGCUAUUAAAUUGUAUAAUCAAUCGGUGAAGCAAGGAGAAGUAAAAGAAUUAUUUCCUUUAAACAAAUUACCGAUAUUAGUUUACGUUGUGGGCGGCGUUACAUAUGCUGAAAUAUCUGCUUGCAAUAUGGUGGCAAAACUAACUGAAUCUCAGAUUGUAGUAGCUUCAGACCGCAUAUUGGCCGGAAGUGAUUUAAUAUCAUCUGCUUUUUAAAAAAAAAAAAAUAUAUAUAUAUAUAGCAAAAUGUCUACAAAACGUCAUAACAUGUCGGUUUACUAUAUUUUUACAAUAUUGUAUAUAAAACUCUUUUCGAUUAGUUAAUAAAUUCUUUCCCCUGAAAUUGAUUACUGCGAAAUUUCUGAUAUAUAUGACUUCGAAUUAGUUUCAGUUUAUCACAAGCCGUCGAUAUGCUGUAAGGCGCUGUAUGCUAUCGUGCAUGUCAGGUCGCUUGUAGUGAAAAUGAAGUAAGCUAUGAAACAGCUAAAGAUCGAUUCGUGAGAUUUCAUGCAAAAUAUUGUCGUCUUGAGAACGGUGAAACUCGCAUACGUCUUUCCACUUUCAGCGAAAGUAAUCCAUGAAUUGAUCUUCAACGUGACCUAGGAACUUUUCACGCAUGCGGUGUAUUCUCUGAAUAUUUCGAUUAUUAAGCUUUGUAAUAAGUAAAUGCAUGGCCCGGCAUCGCCCGCCGAAAUCCUAACCUACGAAAUUUUCUUAAAUUAUUUAUUUAAACAAAGGUACAAUACAUAAUAAUAUACAAUUUAAACUCAAUAGAUAUGUAGCAAUGUAUACCCCGUUCUAUCGAAACCCGUUUUGUGUUGUAUCGAAGUCGUGUUUUUUGGGAAACUUUAGAAAUAAUUUAAAUCGAGGCAAUACGUACGGUAUUAUAUUGAAGUCAAGUCGUUGAGUUACCUGCUUUUCUAAAAAAAAAAAAAUAAAUGUAAAAUCCAAAAAAACCAAGAAUAUAUUCAAAAACUAAUACUGAUGGUCAUAAAGUGAAUUUUCAUCAAAAAUUACAACUACUCCGUCUUUCUGCUUAAAAUUGGUUGAGACUGCUUUUAUUAACUAGAAAAGAAAAAUAGUGCAAAAGCAAUUCAUAAAGAAUCCAGCAGACUAUAAAUAUUCGGUUCUUUAAAAUCGCGUUAUUUCAAAACGGUGUUACUAUAAUUGCAACUUGUGUACCGUGGUCUAUAGGCAUUACACAUAUGAUGUUGAAUAUUAUUUAAAGAAAAGAAAAAAAAAAAAAACGGAAAGAAUUUAUUAAUACAUCUAAUAUUUUGCAUGAUUUCUAUUCAAUACUGUCUAGAAAAAGGAAAUUUAUUUUUACACUGCUAUCGUAAUAUGUCGGAACACGUUUAAGUGGAACGUCAAUCUUUAAUAUCCUAGCAGUCAAGCAUUGAAGAUGUGCACAUUUCUGUUGGGUUUUUGCAUGUACUUUUGCGAAACUUUUUUAUUGGGUGCAUUUAAACCAUAGAACUAAUGGUACUGAUAAAAACUUUAUAAAAGAGAAGAAGAGAAAUUUAUCAAUUGCAAAUAAUUUUUAUUCCCAUUUGCACAAAUAAACCAAUUAACGAUGAAAUGAUAAUGUAUCAUCUACCACAUAGGCUAAAUAAACACAACCGUUAAAGUUAAUAACUUUGAAAAAAGAGAGACAGAGAAAGAUAAAGAGAGAGAGAGAGAGAGAGAUAUAGAGCACAACUAUUCGCAUUGAUCUUGGUCAACUGACAAUGAAGGCUCCUUCCUACUUUCUUUAUAAAGUGUAAUAACUAUAACUAUCUGACUGCGAAAUAGAGUCAACUUAAAUGAAAGAAAAUCCCAAGCGCUAGUCUAUUGCAAACUCUAACUAACUGGACUUCAUUUGGCAACGAAAUUUCACAAAUGAUUCGCGUAUAUAAUACCACUAAUCCUAUGGCUAUUAGUUUAGUUGCAAGUGCGCUCCUUACUUCAAUUGAAAAAUUUGUUUUCUUUGAGAUAAAUAAAUUACAAUAAGAAUAAUAAUAAUAAUUGUUAACUAAAAGGAAAGGAUAAUUUUACGAUUGCAAUGUUUUAAUAAAGCAUUGCUACCAAGUACUCGCAUCUCGAAGUGUAUUACAAAUUGAAAACAAUUUUUUUUAAUUAAAUUUUUAUAUCUGAAAAUGAAAUCAUCAUGAGACGCCUAGAAUGUAGAUAAAUUGCUUAUAUAAUUCGUGGAAAGAAAGUCACAUCAUAAUUAUCGGAACAGUAGAAAUUAAUCUUGAUCGGCUGUGAAAGGUUAUUCUACUAAGAGUCCAUGCCUUCCUAGGUAAGAGAUAACUAAACUUAAUUAGAAGAAGUAUUAUGUAGUGAAUACAGCCCGAGGAGUGUAACAUUUCGACGCUGUUGAGGCAUGCAGGGCCAAAAGUUAUUAUGGCGAAGUCUUUGAUAGCGUUUCGCAGUGACGAUCUUCAUGCACUACAUACCAUCCUUUCAGAAAAUCAAUCAAGAUUAAUUUUUACAUUUGACAUAUUGUCCAGAACGUCUCUUAUCUGCCUUCAUUUGCCAUAAUGUGACAAUUUAAUCGGCCAUGGGACAUUUUGCGAAUCCUUACUCAAAAGGUACAGAUUUGAUCAUUGGCUUUAUAUGUAAAGAGACUUAUUACUUGAAUGACGAUUUCUCAAAUUGAUGUCUUUAUUUCCAUCCUUGGAGGAUGCUAUACUUGCCUUUCGCUUUAUAACAUAUACGUAAAGGAGAUUGUACUCUUCUUCAGUAGGGUUCUAAGUUAAUUGGGCAAUUUUCACCGUUUCUCGUUUAUCGCUAAAGUUAGGUCAGAAAGAUGAAACUUUUCAUCUCAAUAUAUUGAUAUAAUUGACAGCAUGAUAAUGUGGCCAUGAUCCGUCCGCUUUAAUUUACACGUUUUAAAACUUAAUGCAAAAGAUUUUUUACCACACCCACUACUAGUUUGUAAAAAGUAAGAUUUGCAUAAGUAAGAGACUAAUAAAACUUUUGUUUAAAUACAUAUAUAUCUGGUUAUAAAUAUUUGUUUUAACCAGUUCCUCCAAAUCUUCAAAAAGCAAGUUAGUCAAGAAUAACAUACAAUGCAAGAAGAAGGACCGAGGGGUCGGUGUUAUAUGAAGUGACAUACUAUAGGAGCGCGAAGUACAUUCUAAACUGCACAUUAAUACAUGAUCGAAAAUCGAUAUAGUGAGAGAAGAAAAAAGUUGCUUUCUUAUCUCUUAGAGUAGUGCGAGAGAGAAAAGUAAUUGUUUAUAUAAUGCGUAUAUAUAUGAGAGUCUGUAAACAUAAAUGAGAUCAUAUGCGAAUGCUUUUUGCACAUUUUAUUUAACGCUCGCGAGCACUAAUGAAUUAAAUUAAACUGCAAUCAAAUACCGAAACUCGAUCAAAUUUAAAGAAGAGAUCGCGUGUAACAUUUACACAAAUAUAUAUUAAAGAACAUCGUGUAUAAUAUCAUUGUUUUAGAAAUGUUGAUAAGAUCCGACAUUUAUGAUUAUUUAUUUCAUUCGUAUUCGCUUAACUGCAUUUAACGGAUUUUGAAAGGCGAAACCAGUACUUUACUACUUCCACUAUUAACUAUUAUGAGCGUUUGUAUUGUGUGGCGAUAAGAGGUUGCUAGCAAUAAAUUAAUUCGACAUUUUUUUUUAAUUAAAAAAAAAAAAAUU